AUGGCUGAUGUAUUAGCUGCUCUAGCUUCGAUGAUUCAGGUGAACAGGUUAGAGAUCAUGAAGCCUAUUCAAAUGAGCAUCUAUGAGACUUUGGCUCAUUGUUAUAGUAUUGAGGAGGAGGGAAAGGAUGAUCAUCCUUGGUAUCAGAGUAUCCUACAAUAUGUGAAGAAUCGGGAGUACCCUAAUCAAGCGACAGAGAAUGACAAGAGAACAUUAAUAAGAAUAGCCAUUGAAUAUGUCUUGGAUGGGGAAGUGCUAUACAAAAGAGGGAAGGAUCAAGUACUACUAAGAUGUGUCGAUGCCGUAGAGGCUAGAAAGAUCCUGGAAGAAGUCCAUGAGGGCAUUUGCGAAACUCAUACAAAUGGAUACACAUUCCCAGUCGAUUUCUUUGAUAUCCUUCUUUACUAUUUUUGA